CCGCCCACCGGGCGGAAGGGGCGGGGCCUGUCUGGCCAUGGCGGAGGGCGGCGCGGAGCCGGGGGAUGGCGGCCCCGGCCCCGGCCCCGGGCUGGCGCUGGUCGAGGGCAGCGCCGGCCGCGCCGGCCGCGUCGGGGAUCCCGGGGACCUAGUGGCCCUGGCCCGACAGGUGCAGCAGGCCGAUAACUUUGUCCGAGCAAACGCCUGCAGCAAGCUGACAGUGAUUGCAGAGCAGAUCCGGCACCUGCAGGAGCAGGCACGGAAGGUCUUGGAUGAAGCUAACAGGGAUGCUGAUCUGAAUCACGUGGCCUGCAACCUUGUGAAGAAGCCAGGAAAUAUUUACUAUUUGUACAGGCGGGAGAGUGGGCAACGAUACUUCUCCAUCCUGUCUCCUAAGGAAUGGGGUACCAGCCCUCAUGAAUUUCUUGGUGCCUAUAAGCUCCAGCACGACAUGUCCUGGACUCCGUUUGAGGACAUAGAGAGAAGAGAUGCUGAAAUGGCUGUCCUGGAGAAGCUGCUGAGCCGGCAGGCAGCGCUGCCCCCAGGCACAGAGCCCAACUUCCAGGGCCUGACCACGGCACACAAGUGACCCACAGGACCCCUGAGCAGAACCCCCGAGUGGGGGAUACAGUUCCUGUGUGCUGCCAAAGGCAGGGCCAGGAAAGAGACCAAGGAACAAAAAUGCUGAUUGCUUUGUGCUUUAAGGAGACUAAUUCUGCAUUCAGUCGUACUGGAUUUUCUAGUAAUUUAAUAAUUUACUUAAUUGACCUGUGCCAAGCUGUAGCAAGAGGCAGGUGAUACCAGGAGGUGUGAAUUCCAAGAGUGCUUGGAGCAAAAAGCAGAAAUGCUUGGGGCAGAUGUGAUAAUGCUGUAAAAUAAUAUCUCAUAUCUGCUUGGCUCUGGUCUACCUCACUGUGUGAGUGCCUGUGUCAGGUAAUGAUCUCAGGGCUGGAUUUUGCCCCUUAUUAAAAUGCAAAUCUUUAGAGAGCUCUGUAGCCUGGAAAAAUGGCCAAAAGCUUGUGUAGAGGAUCUGUUGUGAUGAGUCUUCUGAUCUCUGUCCUGCCUGGUCUGAACCCCUGAGCUGGGAACAUGGGGUGACCUAAAGCUCUCUGGGAAGAGCAUCCUCAGAAGUGCCAUGCAGGCUUCAGGUGCUCCUCAGGUGAUUUGUGUUUCACAUCCUCAUGCAUUCCCCCUUGGAUCUGAGUACAUGAGCUGCCAGGUGGAGACAGGAUCCUGGAUGACUUUGUGCCAGAGCAGUGGGAAGAGUAAAAUAAAUCAACCUUGAUCUCACAUGUACCACCAGGACAGGCCCUGUUUUCUUCCUGCGUGGCAAAAAUAUCUUUAGCUUUGCUAGGGAGACUUUGUGGCACGUGGAGCUGGCAGGACACCUCCAGCAUUUUUUUUCCA